CAGUAUCAAGUUGCCCGGAUGUGCAGACGAAUUUAUUUUUGCUGAAAUAUGUGGAUUUUCCUGUUAAUUAAUAUGUCUCUGUAUCUUCAGUGAAUCAAAUUCCAUUCAGUAACUGCAGCAUGGAGGGAACAGCUGGCAGUAAAGGAGAUGCAACAAGCUCUGCUGCAGCUGCAGUAUUUACCAGUGCAGACAAGAUGAGAUUCUGUUCUUUGACCUACGAAAUCAUCGAAGAACUAAAAAUGAGAAGGGAACUUUCUGCUGAGAAUGAGAAGAAAAUAGAAAAGCUACUCAAUGAAAGAUUUAAUAUGGGCUGGAAACUGGACCAAGAGUGUCACAAGAUAGCAAAUCUCAAUGAGAGACAUGAAGCAGAACUUAGGGAGACUAGAAGACAGCUGGAGGAAAAGAUGAGAGACUGCCAAGUGGAUGCUUCUCAGCAGCAAGUGUACAGAAAGAUGGCUGAAAAGGAGAAAGAAGCUUUGAAGGAUGAAAUUAGAAGACUUCAGUUAGCUAAUUAUUCAUUAGAAAAGAAGGUGCGGGAGUCAGAACGUCAGGAGAAGAUUCAGGCUAAUGAGAGAGAGCAGCACAUCUGCCAGGUGUCCAGGUUUGAGUCCCAGUACUGUCAGGUUGAUGUUAUGAUUAAACAGUUGACAUCUAAACAAGAUCAGCUAGACAAAGAUAUGAAGCUUGUCCAGAAUUUGAACAAAAGCCUUAAGUACCAGAACAGUCAUCAAAAAUGUAUACUAGAUAUGAAAGAAGCAGAACUGGUCGAGGUACAUCAACAGUUGCUGGAUACAAAGGUGAAGGUCAAGGUUGAACCAAGCCAGGUACAGGAGAGGGAGGAAGACCUUCAAGGAGAGAUCAGAAGACUAAAGAACCUAGUCACCAAGCUAGAAGAGGACUACUGCAUCUUAGAUAGAGAUAAAGACUGCUGGAAGGAGAAAUAUUGGGAUUCCUUGAAGAAGUUAGAUGAGUCUCACAGACUGAUCAAUGUACAUUUGCAUAAUGCUGCCAGAUACAGAGAUGAGAGUGACAAUCUUGAAAAACUGCAGAAAGUUACACAGGGCAAGCUUGAUGAAACUGAACAUGAUCUUACACAGUCCAGAGAGGAGAUUGAACAGAUCAGACAGAAACAUAGAGAAGAAAUUGAGACUUUUGAAGCUGAGAUUUCAAAACUGAAUGCUGAAAAACAAGAUCUCAAUUCCAAAGUUCAGGAUCUAUGUACACAAAAAGAAGGGAUGGAAAAGUCUCUAGAGCAAGCUGAUGUGAAUAUUGGUGAACUUGAAAAGCAACUAGGUGAUGUCAAGGCAAUACUGAAUGUAGAGAAGCUACAGAAGGAAUCUCAGACAGAUCUACAAAUGUUGGGGAUGUUACACAGAGAGGCGCAAGCAACCCCAUACUUACAGAAUCAGGAGACACAGAUUGAGAUGCAAACAGGCAUUGGGGUAACUCAGACAAUAGAUCCUGCAUUGUGUAGUACAGAAAUUCAGACAGACACUGCUGUUACCAAGGUAACAGAAGUCCAAACAGAACUUCAUCUGGAAGAUGCUGAAACUCAAACUGAAGUAGAUAUAAUGGAAAAAGACAGAUUUUUACCUAAAGAACCUGCCAAACAAACAUAUGAGGACAUUGAUAAUGCAGAAUGCACAAAUAGCACAGAAAAAAAUAUAAUACACACUGAGAAAAGUCUUAAAAAUGGGUGGGCAAGAGUUGGUUGUCAUACUGAACAGGUAGAAGUUGUAAAUGAGGAAUCAGAAGGACUUCCUACUGUGCAAGAUAAUGUUCUGCAAUAUAUAAGCGAUGAAAACAAUAACAGCGUGAAGUACAAACAAGUUGAUUCUCUUGAUCUUUCUAACACAAAAGAUUUAGAAAAAGGAAGAAAUAUUAAUUAUAACACAAUGGAACAAAAUAUAGUUCAUAAAGAAACUGUUCAAGUAAAGAGAAUUGACUCAGAGAAUGCAGUUACACAAUUCGCAAAUAAAGCUAAAAUAGGUACUGUCAAAGAAGACACAAUGUCUAGGGAAACAAAUAGGAGAGUGGAUUUAGAAAAAGUGACAGGAAUCGACUUCAGUGCAGAUAAGGGUCACAUUGGAAGAUUUAAAUUUAGAAAUAUUGACAGCAAUGAAGAUAGUGAAACUUCAACAAUAACGAUAGACAGGGGAAUGGAUGGACAUGAAAGAGGUUAUUUGGCAGCCAGAUUGAAAGUUUAUCAGGGAGAAACAGAUGGGCCAGAUGACAAGAUAAAGGCUUCAGGAUUGAGUAUACCCAAGAUAGACAUUGAAAAAAGCAUAGACCUUACUGGAGUAGUGUCUGUUGAUCCAGAAGAGUUCAGUAUUGAACUUACACAAGAUGAGGAUUCAGACCAUACUAGCAAGGAAACAUCAACUGAAAAUUAUGAACAAAGUAAUUUGAUGAAUAUUUAUCCUCAGAAUGUGAGACAUAGUGAAUUACUUAAAAGUGAGGGUGUGGAAACAGUGUUAAAUGCAGAAAAGACUGAGAUUGAGAAAUCAAUUAAGCAACAAUGGGAGGUUUCAGAAGAACCUGUAAAGAUAACUAAAGCAAAAGCAAAAAAACACAAACUGAUGAAAGAGCUUGUAAGUGAUCAGUUUAGUAAUUUUGAUAUCAGUAAAGAGAAGUUUGAAAAGUUUCUAAACAAAGAUGAAGUUUACCCAAAGCAACCAAAGAUGGCUGAGUCAACUGUGUACAGGAAUAGAGGAUUGCCAAAGAGACAAAGGAGUUAUUCCUCCAUGUUCCAAAUUGAAGAUGAAGUUAAGAAGGUGCAUAAAAAUGACACUGAAGAGCUAAAUCCUAAGACAAAUUUAGCUGAACAGGUAUGCCUUACUGUAACAACAGAGCCAAGUCAAAGUCAGUAUUCAUCGAAUGUUGUCAACAGUGUGAAAAAAUGUGAGAUCAGUAUUGAUAGUCAAUACAGUAACCAGUCUGCCAUUGGUCAGCUUGGAAAGCAAAGCAGUAGACAGUUAAAAAAUAAAAUUAUGAACCAGUCUUUUGAAGUACAGUCAAGUUCCCAGACUGAUAACCCAUCAGGAAGCGAAACUCCGCAAGAGACUGAUAACUGCUUGAACAAUUCAGCUACAAGCACUGUUCACCCUGUGUUCUUUGCUAAGCCUUUAAGUGAUUCGGCUGAAAUGACUGAUAUAAAAAAUCAGAAUAAUAUUCCAAAUAUGCUGAUGCAGUUUGACACUUCCUCUCAACAAAUGAAAGAAGCUGAAGAUAAAGCUUGUUCAUAUUCAACAGGAUUCUCAGUUUCUAUCAAAGCCAAGAAUUUUGAAGAGCAUGUACAAAUAGAAACAUUAUCAAGAAAUCAAGCAUCAGUCGAUGGAAGUUUAGUGUGUGGAUCACCGUGUAGAAGCUGUUAUAGCACAUUGGAUAAACCUUAUAUAACUGCAUCAAAGCCUGGUUCAAUGGAUGAAACAUGUAGUGUUCCUAAAUUUCGGAGGCCAUCUGCAAGUGGUGUCACAGAGAUAAACCAAGUCACAGCUGAAAAUGAUAUUGUACAAGUAUCUAGUGCAAUGUCUUCCUCUGACUCAUCUACAGAGUUAUCAAAUGUCACAGCAGCACAAACUUCUAACACACCAAAGGUAUUAAAUAUGCCAACAAAGACGGAAAGUAGCACCAACUUUCUACAGAAGUACAUGGAUAUUGUGGCCAAGAUUAAACCAGUUCAGCAACAAUCUUGCCAGCAGUUUCAACCAAAAGCAAGCCAGAAGAAUACAUUGCAUUCUAUGGUAUCGCCUGGAACCAUCAGCAUGCCAGACUUCGGAAGGAAAGUUAGUCCAAGGGGAAGAACUCCAAAAGGCAUACUGAAAGGGACAAGCAGGAACAGUCGGAAAUCAAGAAAUGUAACAUGGAAUGAAUAUGUUUUGAACAAGGAUUAUGAUAAAGAUGAAAAUACUCCCGAGGACAAGUGAGCACUUUUUGAUCAUGGUAUGGCAGUGGAUAAAUAGUGUAUUCUGACAAGUCAAAAGUUGUUUGUUAGUCAUUCACCAUUUCUCCAAUCUGUAUCAGUGACAGAGAAUUAUUUAAAACAAAACAUUAACCGGCACUGUUUUGUAACUUAAUCUAUGCACCUAUUGAUUUUAAAACAUUUUGUUCUUGUUUAGUCUAGGAAAAAGUGUUGAUUUGCAUUGUUUGAUUCGAGUUAGUGAUCAUGUUAUAGAAACAGUUGUUGUUUUUAUUAAAAAUUAAUUAUAGAAAGUUA